AUGGCUGGACAACAAAGCGCAGAUUUCCUGGACAACAUGGCCAUCGUGAUUGACCCUGGCUCUGCCUACACCAAGGCUGGCUUCUCAGGAGAGGAGCAUCCCCGCACAGUGGUGCGCUCGACCGCAGGCCUCCCCGCUUACACGCCGGGGGAGAGCAGCCGCCUGGGCGCCUUCAGAGGAAACCGUGGGCCUGGCACCACCACCACCACCCCCGCUCCAUCUCCCGCUCCUGCCUGCGAUAGCCUGCUCGGCGACUGGGACGCGCUGGAGAGCCUGUGGGGGGCGCUGUUGCAGGACGAGCUAGGCGUGUGCCCGCAGGACCAUGCCAUCCUGGUCAGCGACUGCCCUCUGGCGCCCCCUGUCCAGCGCGCACGCCUGGCGGAGCUGCUGUUCGAGGGCCUGGGGGUCCCCGCGCUCUACGUGAGCCACGCUCCGCUGCUGAGCCUCUACUCCUACGGGCUGGUGACGGGGCUGCAGGUGGACGCAGGGGCCAGUGGAACGCGCGUCUGCCCCGUCUACAGCGGCUACUGCCUGCCCCACGCCGCCCGCGGCCAGCCACUAGGGGGCGCCGCCUUCUUUGCGUACCUGCAGCAGCUGCUGGAGCAGCGGGGGCCAGGGGGAGGGGUCAGCGAGCGACGCGCGACGCUACGGGAGGCCCAGAGCCACAGCUGCUACGUGGCGCAGGACUUUGAGCGGGAGCUGCAGACGGGGUCGGAGGUCACCGAGUACCGGCUGCCCGACGGCACCACCGUCGCCCUGGGCAACGAGCGCUUCCGCAGCGCAGAGCUGCUGUUCUGCCCGUCGCUGGCCGGAGAGCCGCACCCGGGCGUCCACAUCCUGGCCCUCAGCAGCGUGCGGGACAGCGCCCCCCAGUGGCAGAACCAGCUGCUGGCCCACGUGGCAUUGUCCGGCGGGACGUCUCUGCUGCCCGGCUUCCCCGAGCGGCUGCAGUUGGAGCUUGAGCGCCUGGCGCCGCGCGGCUCUCGUGUCAUCGUCCACUCCGCUGCCCAUCGCCACCUCGCCGCCUGGGUGGGCGGGGCCAUCAUGGCCUCUCUACGCAGCGUUCAGCCGCUCUGGGUCACCAGCGCUGACUACCAGGAGCACGGACCAGACACAGUGCUGCAGCACUGCUACUAA